GGGGCCGCUGGACCACUCUAGUUUGGGGCUGCUAGAAAGGCGCGGGUUCACCCAGCCUUUCUGGGGGAAAUGGUCUCUACCCGACCGCUUGCGGGUUGAGAAGGGGCCGCCGUGGCAAGUUGGCAGGCCAGCGCAGCGGGUGCACCGGCGAGAAGGGGUGCAUUGUCGUCCACACCUGCUGCUGAAUGUCUAACCCGGAGGAUGAGGAGAGGCUUUUGCCACUCGCCCAGAGAUGGCCCCGAGCAAGCAAGUUCGUACUGUCCGGCUGCGCGGCUACCGUGGCCGAGCUAGCAACCUUUCCCCUCGAUCUUACAAAAACUCGACUCCAAAUGCAAGGAGAAGCUGCUCUUGCUCGGUUGGGAGACAAUGCAAGAGAAUCUGCCCCCUAUAGGGGCAUGGUGCGCACCGCCCUAGGAAUCAUUCAGGAAGAAGGCUUUCUAAAGCUUUGGCAAGGAGUGACGCCCGCCAUUUACAGACACGUAGUAUACUCUGGAGGUCGGAUGGUCACAUAUGAACAUCUCCGGGAGGUUGUAUUUGGCAAAAGUGAAGAUAAGCAUUAUCCCCUUUGGAAGUCAGUCAUUGGAGGGAUGAUGGCUGGUGUUAUCGGCCAAUUUUUAGCCAACCCAGCUGACCUAGUGAAGGUUCAGAUGCAAAUGGAAGGAAAAAGGAAACUUGAAGGAAAACCAUUGAGAUUCCGUGGUGUGCAUCAUGCUUUUGCAAAAAUCUUAGCUGAAGGAGGAAUACGUGGGCUGUGGGCAGGCUGGGUCCCCAAUAUACAAAGAGCAGCACUGGUGAAUAUGGGAGAUUUAACCACUUACGAUACAGUGAAGCACUACUUGAUAUUGAAUACACCCCUUGAGGACAAUAUCAUUACUCAUGGUUUAUCCAGUUUAUGUUCUGGACUGGUAGCUUCUGUUCUGGGAACACCAGCUGAUGUCAUCAAAAGUCGAAUAAUGAAUCAACCACGAGAUAAACAAGGAAGGGGACUUCUGUAUAAAUCAUCAAGCGAUUGCCUGAUUCAGGCUGUUCAAGGAGAAGGAUUCAUGAGUCUAUAUAAAGGCUUUUUACCGGCUUGGCUACGAAUGACCCCUUGGUCAUUGGUGUUCUGGCUUACUUAUGAAAAAAUCAGAGAGAUGAGUGGAGUCAGUCCAUUUUAAGCCCUUAAAGAUACAGUGUUCAGUAUUAUUGAAAUACGGGCAUCUGCAACACACACCCCCUAUUAUUUCUACCUCUUUAGGAAGACACCUUACUCCACAGAGACUGUGAUUUAUAGGGGGCAGCACUUUAUUUUUCUUUGGAAACCCAAGUUCUCUUUGACUCCUCUUUUUGUCUAAAAGUGAUCUGGUCGGAUCUCACAAGGCUAUCCCAGGAGACCCAGCACACUGUUUUCUCAAGAAGAACGGAACCCUGACGACUUUCAUCUUGGGCAAGAUGGUUUGGCCCUUGAGAUGCUGUUUGUACUGAAGAGACUGCUUAGAGGGAGCCAGCAGGAGGGAGCCAGCAUCUCAGAGCUGAAGAAGAUAAUAGGAAUAUGGAAGAAUAUAUACGUAGUGCUUAAGAAAUACUUUUAACCUGUUAUGUCAGUGUUUAUAGUUGAAGUUUAACAAUUCACUCUUCUGUUGUUGUAAAGUAUACAUAUUGUAAAUUAAAGGGAGGUAAAAAUUCAUGAAAAAAACAUCUUGAGCUUCCCUACUAUUG